AGCAAACUAUUUACUACAUGAGCAGAGGGUUUGGUAACUAAAACUAAUUGUUAGGUUUCAAGAAGCCAAAUUCACAGGGAUCAUCAUUUGAAUGUCUUAACAGAAGAUGAAUAUAAAUUCUCAUUCAUAUUCUUUACAGAUUAGAUGAACCAUUACAUGCCGUGUAGCUGCUCAGCUGCCGUACGGUGAUUGGCUGGGAAGGGCCAGAAGUGCAGCGGGAGUGAGUGAAAGAGUGCAGACGCUCUCAGUCUGGGAUCUGAGGGUCUCCGCUCUCAUCCACAGCGGAUCAUCUACAGGAAGUGCAGCUCCCGGCCAGGGAAGCACUAUGAGUGGCGUGAAGCCGUGCAGAUCUUUUGGAUUGGUGGGGAGGUGAAUGUUGAGCCAUGCUGACGGUGUUCAGCGUCCGGCCGUUUGUGCUGCGAUCUGCUCUUACUGCGCUCCUCUACACGGCUCAGGUCAUGGGCUCCAUAUUGGAUGAUGUGAUCUAUAAACGUAGUGAAUAUCAAGAGAACUGCACACGACUCCUGAAAGCCACUUUCCCUACUGGAACUGGAAUAUUCUGCAAUGGAACAUUUGACGUUUUUGUCUGUUGGCCGCAUUCACCUCCUGGGAUAGUAUCUGUUCGCUGUCCUCCUUAUUUACCAUGGAUCAAAGAAGAUUCUACUAGAUAUGUGUACAAGGAAUGCACGGUCAACGGCACCUGGAAGACUGAGGAGAACUCCAGCAUCAUAUGGAGAAAUCAGUCGGAGUGUGAAAACCCUUCUUUUUUCAAGCCCCAGGAAGACGAGGUAUUUCGGCAGUCUGUGUUGAGGGUCUUGUGCAUUGUAGGAUACUCGCUGUCUUUUUCUUCUCUUUGCUUGGCUGUUCUGAUCAUGAGUCUUCUGAGGAAGCUUCACUGUACGAGGAACUACAUCCACAUGAAUCUCUUUGUAUCGUUCAUAUUUAGAGCAUCAGCAGUAAUUACCAAAGAGGUUAUAUUACAAGUCAAGUAUACCAACCUGCCCAAUGAUGAAAUGGGAUGGAACAGUUACACAAAAUCUGCGAUUUCUUUCCUCUGCAAGGCCUCAAAGGUGUCGAUGGAAUAUUUUGUGGGAUGUAAUUACUUCUGGCUUCUAGUGGAGGCGAUAUUCCUGCACACGCUGCUGUUCACUGCGGUGUUGACCAGGAAGAGACUUCUGAAGAAAUACAUGAUCAUCGGAUGGGGAACUCCAUUAUUGUUUGUGAUUCCCUGGACCGUAGUCAAAACGGUAUAUGAAAAUAAAGGCUGUUGGAUAAAUAACAUCAGCUGGAUCUGGUGGAUAAUCAGAGGUCCAAUAAUAUUAGCAGUGAUCGUCAUUUUUUGCAUUUUUCUCAAAAUCAUCAGACUUUUGCUGUCCAAGUACAAGGCCGACCAGGUGAAGUUUACUGACUACCGCUACAGUUUAGCCAGAGCAACGCUCGUGUUGAUCCCUCUGCUCGGGAUCCACGAGAUCGUCUUCUCCCUAAUUAUCGACGAAUCGGUCGAAGGAAGCAACCGCUACACUCGAAACUUCGUCAAUCUGACCCUGAGCUCUUUCCAGGGUCUGUUAGUUGCGGUGCUGUACUGCUUUGCAAAUGGAGAGGUCCAGGCUGAGCUGAAGAAGCGGUGGCAGCUGUUCGUUUCUUCCAAUCACUUUGAGGUGCACAACUGCUUCGCGGACAUUCACCCCAAACACCUGUGGAAGUGCUCGCAAAAGAGCCCCGGACAAAACACAGAGCAGAGCGAAUACAAUGAGGACAGAGGCCACGCCCCCACACCGGCACAUCAGCUGCAGGUGGCUGUCCAAUCGGCAGAGGACGUGGCCUGUGGGCGGAGCUCAGGCCUGGAGUUUUACAUGAGGAAGAGCCUCUCCAGCAGCGAUGGCGAAAUUACUUCAGGGGAGACGAUGGAGGAGAUCAUAGAGGAGAGCGAGUUUUGAAAUCUAUCGUGAUGGAUUUUUCUAUAAAUAUGUAAUUAGGGAUGUAUAUUUCCACACUUUAAACACUGUAAAUUAUUGAAGUUUUGUUUCCGCAAUGGAUUAAAAAAAAAGGAAUGUUACUUUUUAUAUCACAAUUCUGACCUUUUUCUCAAAAUUCCAAAUCGCAAUACAGAGUUUAUAACAAUUCUGAGAAAAAAACUCAGAUAUAAACAUGCAACUGCAAAACAAAAGUCAGAAUUGUGAGAUAAAAUGUCGCAAUUUCCUUUUUUAUUCCGUGGUGGAAACAAGCUUCCAUAGUAAAUGGCUUCCGUUAUGUUUUUGAUACCUGAUUUUUGUACAAUCUAAGCUUUGAAAUACUCUUUUAAAUUGCAGUGCUCAAAGAUUGACAAAUUAAACAUCAGCUCAAUGAAGACCUGUUUAGGGAUGCACGAUAUAUCGUCCAACAUAUUGGUAACAUAUCAUUCAUUUUUAAUGUUAUCAUUAUCGGCCUGAUUUGUCCGAUAUAUUAUAGUUGAUAAAUAAUGGAUUAUUUCCUUCAGCUGAGACACUUCAGAUGCGCACUGUCCACCAUGAUGGUUUUGAAUUGCUUGAAAUAUGAUUGGAGUCACUUCAAAAAGGAAA